GAGGAACUAGGCUGAGCGUAUUUCUACUUGUUGUUUUGAAACCGCUAAACACCGACCGGAGGCAUUGAGUAGAAGAUGGCGGAUGUUGAAGGCGAUGAAAUUAAGUCGGCUCUCCCUUCGGCUUCCCGUAAUGGACCCGCUGCAGGUUCGGUAGUCGGUACCGGAGUCCAAAAUGCUACACAAGUGACGUCAGGUCCACGAAUGGUUAGAAUUGUAAAGUCGGAAUCAGGAUAUGGAUUCAACGUUCGUGGACAAGUUAGCGAAGGAGGACAACUGCGAAGCAUCAAUGGGGAAUUGUAUGCACCUCUUCAGCAUGUCAGUGCUGUUUUGCCUGGAGGGGCAGCGGACCGAGCUGGCAUAUCAAAGGGUGACAGGAUUCUGGAGGUUAAUGGUGUGAGUGUGGAGGGGGCCACCCACAAGCAGGUGGUGGAUCUGAUCCGGGCCGGGGAGAGGGAACUGGUGCUUUCUGUGCUGUCUGUGCCGCCCCAGGAGGCAGACGGUCUUGAGGCCGGGGAUGAGAGCGCCGCCCAGCUCAGCUAUGACUACAGCGACAAGCAGGCCGUGCCCAUCUCCAUCCCCACAUUCAAGCACGUGGAGCAGCACGCCGAGAGGUUUGUGGUGUACAAUGUGUACAUGUCGGGCAGGCAGCUGUGCUCCAAGCGCUACCGGGAGUUUGCUAUCCUGAACCAGAACCUGAAGAGGGAGUUUGCCAGUUACACCUUCCCCAAGAUCCCAGGGAAGUGGCCCUUCUCCCUGUCUGAGCAGCAGCUGGACACACGCCGCAGGGGCCUGGAGGAGUACCUGGAGAGAGUUUGUUCAGUACGGGUGAUUGGUGAGAGUGACAUCAUGCAGGAAUUCCUUUCUGAAUCAGAUGAGAAUUACAAUGGCAUUUCAGACGUGGAGCUGCGGAUAGCCCUGCCAGACAAGACCAUCAUCUCUGUCAGGGUGCGCAAAAACAGCACAACUGACCAAGUCUACCAGGCUUUAGUGAUGAAGGUUGGUAUGGACAGCAUCAUGGCCAGCUACUUUGCCCUCUUUGAAGUCAUCAACCACUCCUUUGUGCGAAAACUGGCCCCCAACGAGUUUCCCCACAAGCUGUACGUGCAGAACUACACGUCAGCUGUGCCGGGCACCUGUCUGGCCCUCCGCAAGUGGCUUUUCACUUCUCAGGAGGAGGAACUUCUCAGGGACAACCCGCUGGCUGUCCACUACUGCUUCCACCAGGCAUUGGAUGACGUGAAGAAGGGAUUCAUCAAAACAGAAGACAAUUCUUACCAGCUGACGAAACUGGCAGAGCAGCGCAAGAUGGCCAUGUACCUGAGUCUGCUGCGCUCCUGUGAGGGCUACAACGAGGUCAUGUUCCCCCACUGCGCCUGUGACUCCCGGAGGAAGGGCCACGUCAUCACGGCCAUCAGCAUGCACCACUUCAAACUGCACGCCUGCACAGAGGACGGCACGCUUGAGAACCAGGUGAUAGCGUUUGAGUGGGUGGAGAUGCAGCGCUGGGACACUGACGAGGAGGGCAUGGCGUUCUGCUUUGAGUACGCCAGGGGAGAGAAGAAACCUCGCUGGGUCAAGAUCUUCACACCAUACUUCAACUACAUGCACGAGUGCUUCGAGAGGGUCUUCUGUGAGCUCAAGUGGAGGAAACGGGUUGAAGAGGAGGCCUCUGACAAAGACAACCAGAACUGCAGUAACAACGAAUAUCUCCCUGCUCUGGAGACACAGAAGGGAUGGCGCCAUCUAGGGGGCGAGAUCGCCACAUCCUAAAUACUCCCAGAACCAGAAUCGGUCCACUCACGCCAUCACAGCCACAACAGAGGUUGACAUCUGCAAAAGAAACAAAAAAACUAAGAACUUAGGUGAUCCACUCCCCAAAUGACAACUGGAAACUGAUUUUAAAAUCACACAAACCCAGGAAUUCUCAGAUAGAUGACGAGCAAUGAAGGAAAAAAAACAUUAAUGUCAUUACUAGAUGUUCAUAGAAUAGCAUAUACUUUUUCCUCCAUGCAUCACCCCUCCGACAUGGGGCGGGACACUAGCUGAGUUCUGCCACCCCACUGGUUGAAGAAACAGAACAGUACAGUUCGAUUGGUCAAGGUUCACACCAGUCUGCGGCACCAUUGGACGAAGGGAACUCCUUGAUGCGAUCAACCAAUGAAACGCCAGUGAGGAAGCCAGCCGACAUCUGCGACGUGAUUGUGACGGCCAGCUCUGCCACACGUUUGGUCUGGGCCAAUGCUUUCAAUGUGCCUCUGGUCUACUGAACUACAAGCUGACAUGCUGGGAAACGAAAUGGAGGGUGGGCGGGACACCAUUGUCACUGGCAAUGGUUUUCCCUGAUGCUGGACAUUAUUAGAUGGAUUAGGUUUUCUGGAUAAGGGGGGUUAAGAAACAAAAGGUUAUCUGUCAAAAGCUGUAGGCUAUAAAAACAAUUGUUACACAAUAUAAGCUCCCAGUAAUUAGUUGUGUGGUUAACCUAACAAAUUACUGUCAGCUUAUCUAUAUGUGUGUGCAACUCGUUUUUAUAGCCUAUAGUUUACUCGCCGUUAGUCAGCACAUCUUCUAACUUUUUGGGCACCAGCUUAUGCUUUUCAAAAGCAUAGGAAACAAAAGUAACUGACUGGAGAUGCAAGGGGUUAUUGUGUUUUGUUCAUUAAAACAAUACAGCUAUGUUUUAGAAAAAUCUGCUAAAGUGAUAUAUUAAUAUAAGAGCUCAACUAAUUCCUUAUUCUAACCGUGUGGAAAGCUUCCUUCUUGGCUUCUCAUUCUUGCUCUAUUUUUCACAUUUUCUAACCUAGCUAACACACUUGUCUAGAAUGAUGUCUGUUGGCAGUUCACCAAAAGAUUGAACAUUUUAUCACCUUAAAAUGUUUGUGGUGAUUCAGCAGAAAUUCCAAGUUCGGAGGUAAAAGUGUGUUUUUCAUCAAAGUGGUGUUGCCAUCUAUUGAAGGAAGUCGGGGUUUGACCUUGUGAACUAAACGUUCAGAGAAACUAGAAACCAGCUAAUAUUUCCCCCACUCUGAGUAUUGAUCAACAAACAGACCAGGAUGGAAGUAGUGUGUUGGGUGCAGUGCAUAUUGCCGCCAGCAGAGAGCGGUAGAGUACUACUAAAGUACUAUGUACUACUGAGACAGUAUUGAGCAGACAUGACAGAGAUUGCUCCGCUGGGCUCUGUAAAUCAACCACUGCUCUACAGUUUGACCAUUACCCGUGUGUGUGUGCACCAGUGUACGUGUGUGUCUGCGUAUAAGUGGGACCAUGGCCAGAGUUAUGAUGCAUGUUGUCUCUCUGCCCCUCAUUGCACCUUGUCUAUCCAAAUGGUCACAGUAUUAAGGGGGUGUGAGCAUGGGGCAUAUUCAUUAUGCCAAUUCUGUUGCAAAACCUGUCUUACACGGAAUGAAACUGAGAGGGACCUACCUGAAUUUGGUGGAUAGAGAGAGAGAGAUAGUAUAUAGAUAUAUAUCUUUGUUUUGGUUUGGAAAUGGUCUCUGUAAUGAAGACACCCCAGUGUUACUCUCAGUAUUGUUAAGGCGGUAGGCUUGAUUAGGAUGUGAUACGUGGGGGUUUAGGUUUUGAGGCAGCAGAUAAAGACCAGGGCGGUGUCCCAAAUGGCACCAUAUUCCUGAUAAUAGUGCACCUCUUUUAAUGGUCCCGGUCAAAAGUAGUGCACUACAUAGGCAAUACAGUGCCACUUGGGACGCACCACAGAGCGGGUUGUGCAGGGUGACAGCUGUGCAGAUAGAUGGAUGGGAGGCAUUUCCCCUCCCCUAGUGAGCUCUGCCUUGCAGCCUUUUCAAGCUGUGUAAGGUUAGCUCACACCUCUUCCAUGCCUCAACCCCUCUCGCUCCUCCCUCUCUGUAGCAGAAAUUAUGUUGAAAUAAAGGAUAUUACUGAAAUUUGACAGGUGUAACAUUUGACCAUUCUUAAUUGAAUGGUUCUGCACUGCUUGCCUUCCAAAAGGAAAAUAACCAAUGACAACCGAUACACUAGCAUUUCUGUUAUAAACACCACAGCUGCAUCCUGAAAGAAAUGCUAAAGAUGUGCAAUUGAGGUGCUGCCUAUUUGUUUUGACAGCCAGGGUAAUAGCCAACUUAUAGAUGAAUGACAAAGAUAGCAGAUGCUCUACCAGAACGUGUGUGUGAUUUUGAGAGGGGGGAGAGGGACGAUGAGCAGGUGUGUGUGUGUGUGUGUGUGUGUGUGUGUGUGCGCGCGCAUCCGUUCUGCGUGCCAGUGUUCCGUUCUUCCGCUCCAGGUUGGUCUACCAUCAGACUAGAUGUGGUUGCCUUAGCAGCACUACGCUGUGUGAGCAUGCCCAGUCUCGCCCCAGACAGCAUAACAAAACUGACUCACUCACCCUUAUAACGUAUUCAUGUUAAUGUUCUUUAAUGUUUGAUGUCGUCGCGAUGGUAUCUGUUCUUGUGAGAGAGAAAAAAGCCUUUGACAGACUUCGGUCUACGUCCCUAGGCUGUAGCAGGUGCUGUCUGUUGGCUCUCAUACCCUGGAAAUACAGGGGCGCAUGCAUACCAAUUCGCAUACACAGGUGCACACACUUGUAUGUGGAAUGGAUUGUCAGUGGUCCAUCGUCAUGGUUACAGGGAGUAGGAGCCAUUGAGAUGCCGGGGAUGCUAAGAUGUUGUCUUUGUGACUCAUUUGUUCCGAGCUAUAAUAACGCUAGUCACCUGUGCUUACUUUGCUGCAUCUCUAUAAUGUCAGUUGUAAAGAGAGUGAUCAUGUCUCCCCGAUCGAAUGUAUUUCAAAAGGUCUUUCACCCCUACCUUUUUGUUUGCGGUAUUAUUUAAAAGGUCAGUGUCCUCUGAUAGCAGCUUGACACUGUUGUAGAUUCAGCCACCAUUACAUUACCAUAAGAGUGAGAAAAAAAAACGGGGCCACGUUCUGUAGCCAAACUCCUUAUUCUACUUGUCGAAAGGGGUGUUUGUUCUACAUACUGUGUUUUUAUAUCUGAAUGUUCCAAAAUGUUUUGCCCUGUUGAAUGCACCCCGGCAUUAAAUGAUGGCACCCGCUUCUUAACACUUGAGCUAGGCAUUCUAAACGACUAACUAACAUGGAGAUGUAAGUGCUGUUUUCUGACUGUUAGCCUUCUUUGUGUAGGUAAAACAUGGAUUUCUGUUCUUUUACGUUUCAGAUGAGCAGGGCUUUUGUUCCAUGGCAAGUACAGUAGGUAACAUUAAAAACCUAGACAUGUUUAUAUUUUGUCUUCAGCAUAACUUGUAAAUGAUUCCUAAAAAUGUCCUUAGGAUAAAAAAUUCUCUCUCUCUUCCUCUCUUCUCUCAAAAUUGAGAACUUUAAUUUAUUUCAGCAAAUUAUUAAAGCUGUGGGAAACCAUAGUGUGGUGUCCUAGUACUACUGUAGGGUAUUUGGGGAAGCAAGACCUAACUAAAAUAUACAUUGAGUCAAGUUUUGGAAGUUAAGCAGUGUUGGAUUUACUUAUCAAAACUAAAAACACGAAUAAACAACUGAUACUGAAACACAAAAUGGAAAGUUUUUUAAAAUAUAAAAUAUAUGAAGGUUUAAUAACCAAUAUAAAAAUGGAAAAAAUAUUACAGGUUUGGAAAUGUCAUGUAGAGAAACAUUGUAACGUUAUUUUAAAUAAAAUUAUAUAUUGAAGAAAAA